AUGAUGUUGAAGUAUGGAGGUUUUGGAAAAAGAAUUUUGUUGAUGCAAGAAAGUAACAGUUGCAGGUUAUACUCGUUAUGGUGGAAGGACUUGUUGAAGCUUGGAGAUUCAAUGAAAGAGAAUGCGCGAUGGAUUGACUCAGUUGCUCUGCGCUGCAGGUUUAAGGAACUAUAUGAACUUUCAGACUGUAAAUUCAAAUUUGUUAAUGAGAUGGAAGUUUGGGAAGAUUAUGGCUGGAAAUGGAUGUCGGGUUUUCAGGAAGAGCGGCUUGUAAGGGAAUUGGAGUACCAGCUGAUAGAAAUGCAUCAGUUGCUCUUGGAAGUUUCACCUAGACAGAGAGUGCAAGACUUGUUUCUUUGGUCGUGUCCACUGUUUAACCUAUUUACGGUAAUGUCUCAGGAUGAUUUUAUUCAAAGGGCUAAGAGGUUAGAUUCAUUAGAUAUUUCCCUCAAGACAACUUUAGAUUUUGUGUGGCAAUCAUUAGUUCCAAUGAAGGUAAAGGUAUUUGCUUGGAGACUUUUCUUGGAUAGAUUACCGACACACUCAAAUUUGGCUGCCAAAGGGGUAAUUUCUAAUCCUCACGAAGUCGUUUGCGUAUUCCGUUUUAAAAUUGUAAAAUGUUUGGAUCAUGUUUUCAUUUUAUGCCCCAAAAUUCGUCUUGUGUGGAAGGCCAUAGUGGAAUGGUUUAGUGUGCCUUGGGCUGUGUUUGAGAACUGUGGUGAUCAUUUCUUGGGGUGGUAUCUCAGGUUUAUUAGAAACACGUCCAAGAAGACGACGUCUAUCAUAUGGCUUUGCACUUGA